GGUGCAUUCGCGGAACGGGAGCUCUGUCGAUAAGAUACGUUUGUCGUGAUUCCUUGUUUUGUCCUACUCAACGCGGACCGAUAUCAUCGCCUCACUCAUUUACAUCGUUCGUUUUCUUUCUCUCUACCCCACAUCCUAUCGAUGUCGCGUCUGGGAUGCUUUACGUGCUUCUUUUUGGUGGAACCUGCACGCACUCGUGGAAGUCCGGUUACUUAGGGUUGGGGGAACUAACCCUAGGUCCUUCCCUUCGUUCGUUCCUCUUGUUAACUGGCAUCUAUCGGACUUUUGAUUUGUGGAUAUGUAACAAAUUUAUGCUUCGUGGAGAAUAAAACCGUU